CUAGGAAGUUCGUCACUGUUUGGUGUUCAAGUUCAGGCGCUUCGAGUUGUUUUCGGUUUAAUUGCUGGUGCAGUUAGAAUUUUGUUUAGGUUCAAAUCAGACUCGAAGCAGAAGCGGUGAUCACAGAUAUCAGCAUUGAUAAACAUAUCACUGAAGAUCUUGAUCAUAUUCAUCGCCGCAUCGGAGUCCGUUUAGGACGCGCAACUUGUGUCGAGAUGAGUGUGGAAGCGUACGGGCCGAGUUCUCAAACGCUCACCUUCCUGGACACCGAAGAAGCGGAGCUACUUGGAGCAGAUACCCAGGGCUCGGAGUACGAGUUUACCGAUUUUACCCUACCUAGCCAGACACAAACUCAAGGCCACACCCAGAGUCAGCUGGACAAUCAGGUGAAUGGUCCUAAUGAAGGGCUUCACAAUGGAGGGGUUGAUGAUGUUGCCAAGGCGAGCCAAAUUCUCUCUGAGUUGAACUUUGAGGAGGAUGAAGAGGACACCUAUUACACUAAAGACCUCCCACUGCAUGCCUGCAGUUACUGUGGCAUCCAUGAUCCUGCGUGUGUGGUGUACUGCAACACAAGCAAGAAGUGGUUCUGCAAUGGACGUGGCAAUACAUCUGGCAGCCACAUCGUAAACCACUUGGUGAGAGCCAAAUGCAAAGAGGUGACUCUGCACAAAGACGGGCCGUUGGGCGAGACGGUGCUGGAGUGCUACAACUGUGGCUGUCGCAACGUCUUCCUCCUGGGCUUCAUACCCGCCAAGGCCGACUCUGUGGUGGUGCUGCUGUGCAGGCAGCCAUGUGCCAGUCAGAGCAGCCUGAAAGACAUAAACUGGGACAGCUCCCAGUGGCAGCCGCUGAUCCAGGACCGCUGCUUCCUGUCCUGGCUGGUAAAGAUCCCCUCGGAACAGGAGCAGCUCCGGGCCCGACAGAUUACCGCCCAACAGAUCAACAAGCUAGAGGAGCUCUGGAAGGACAAUCCAACAGCCACUCUGGAGGAUCUGGAGAAGCCCGGUGUAGACGAGGAGCCUCAACAUGUGCUGCUGCGCUACGAGGAUGCCUACCAGUACCAGAACAUCUUCGGCCCCCUUGUCAAACUGGAGGCCGACUACGACAAAAAGCUUAAAGAGUCCCAGACCCAAGAUAAUAUAACGGUCAGGUGGGACCUGGGGCUGAAUAAAAAGCGGAUUGCCUAUUUCUCCUUGCCCAAGACGGAUUCAGGUGACAUGCGGCUGAUGCAGGGAGAUGAGAUUUGUCUGCGCUACAAAGGAGACCUGGCUCCACUUUGGAAAGGCAUCGGCCAUGUCAUCAAAGUCCCAGACACACCCUUUGUGAAAGACUAUGGAGAUGAGAUUGCUAUAGAAUUGCGCAGCAGUGUCGGAGCACCUGUGGAAACAACCCACGACUACCAGGUGGAUUUCGUGUGGAAGUCCACUUCCUUUGACAGAAUGCAGAGUGCCCUGAAGACCUUUGCUGUGGACGAGACGUCCGUGUCAGGCUACAUCUACCACAAACUGCUGGGCCACGAGGUGGAGGAUGUCAUCAUCAAGUGUCAGCUGCCCAAACGCUUCACUGCCCAGGGCCUGCCCGAUCUCAACCACUCUCAGGUGUAUGCUGUGAAGACUGUGCUGCAAAGACCUCUCAGUCUUAUCCAAGGCCCCCCCGGCACUGGGAAAACUGUCACCUCUGCCACCAUAGUGUACCAGCUCGCCAGGCAGGGCAAUGGACCCGUGCUGGUGUGUGCUCCCAGUAACAUUGCGGUGGACCAGCUGACAGAGAAGAUCCACAUGUCAGGUCUGAAGGUGGUCCGGCUGUGUGCUAAGAGCAGAGAGGCCAUCGACUCCCCCGUCUCAUUCCUGGCGCUGCACAACCAGAUCCGCAACAUGGACAGUAUGCCAGAGCUGCAGAAGCUGCAGCAGCUGAAGGAUGAGACCGGGGAGCUGUCGUCUGCUGACGAGAAGCGUUACAGGGCCCUGAAGCGCACCGCUGAGCGAGAGCUGCUCACGAAUGCGGAUGUGAUCUGCUGUACCUGUGUGGGGGCAGGAGAUCCACGCCUGGCCAAGAUGCAGUUCCGCUCCAUCUUGAUUGAUGAGAGCACCCAGGCCACCGAGCCAGAGUGCAUGGUGCCUGUGGUCCUGGGUGCCAAGCAGCUCAUUCUGGUGGGAGACCACUGCCAGCUGGGCCCAGUAGUGAUGUGUAAGAAGGCAGCCAAAGCAGGCCUGUCCCAGUCUCUGUUUGAGCGUCUAGUGGUGCUGGGCAUCAGGCCCAUUCGUCUGCAGGUGCAGUACCGUAUGCACCCGGCCCUUAGCUCUUUCCCCUCCAACAUCUUCUACGAGGGCUCCCUGCAGAAUGGAGUCACCGCUGCUGACCGCAUCAAGAAAGGCUUUGACUUCCAGUGGCCGCAGCCAGACAAGCCCAUGUUCUUCUAUGUAACUCAAGGCCAGGAGGAAAUAGCCAGCUCUGGAACGUCCUACCUGAACAGAACUGAGGCGGCCAACGUGGAGAAGAUCACAACCAGGCUGCUGAAGGCUGGGGCCAAGCCUGACCAGAUAGGCAUCAUCACCCCCUACGAGGGCCAGAGGUCCUACCUGGUGCAGUACAUGCAGUUCAGUGGUUCCCUCCAUACAAAACUCUACCAGGAGGUUGAGAUCGCCAGCGUGGAUGCGUUCCAGGGCAGGGAGAAGGACUUUAUCAUCCUGUCGUGCGUACGAGCCAACGAGCACCAGGGCAUCGGCUUCCUCAAUGACCCGCGCCGUCUCAAUGUGGCCCUCACCAGAGCCAAGUAUGGGGUGAUCAUUGUGGGCAACCCAAAGGCCCUGUCCAAGCAGCCUCUGUGGAACCACCUUCUCAACUACUACAAGGAGCAGAAGGUUCUGGUGGAGGGACCCCUCAACAACCUGAGAGAGAGCCUGAUGCAGUUCAGCAGGCCUCGCAAGCUGGUCAAUGCCAUCAACCCUGGAGCCCGGUUCAUGAGCACUGCCAUGUAUGAUGCCCGUGAGGCCCUCAUCCCUGGGUCUGCCUACGAUCGCAGCAGCGCAGGGCGUCCAUCCAACAUGUAUUUCCAAACCCACGAUCAGAUCGGCAUGAUUGGGACUGGGCCAGCCCACAUGGCGGCCAUGAACAUGCCUAUUCCCUUCAACUUGGUGGUGCCCCCCAUGCCUCCGCCAGGCUACCUGGCCCAGGCCAACGGCCCUGCUGCAGGUCGUGGUGGGGUGCUGAAGGGCAAAGCGGGGCGUGGCGGGCGCCAGAGGACCCGCGGCAUGGGGAACCACGGUAGCAGCGGGCAGGCCAACGGGCACAACAGCCAGGCUAGCCAGGACGUAUCUUCCCAGCCCUUCUCCCAGGGGCCACUCACCCAGGGCUACAUCACCAUGAGUCAGCCCUCCCAGAUGAGCCAGCCUGGCCUCUCCCAGCCUGAACUUUCCCAGGACAGUUAUUUAGGUGACGAGUUCAAGUCCCAGAUCGACGUGGCUCUGUCGCAGGAUUCGACUUACCAGGGUGAACGUGCAUACCAACAUGGUGGAGUGACUGGACUGUCACAGUACUAGAGUGUUGUUGGAAGAGGAGCUAGGCUUGAGCUGAGCUUAGUUCAUCAGCAUUUUAAUCUGGGUAAUAAUAAAAACAAAAAAUGGAGACCUGUUUUCCUCUACAACUGAAGCACCACCGUGUGAAAUCAACGGGAGAGAGAAACCAACCAAUCGCGAGAGAGAAAGUGGUAGAAAAAACGGACGGCCAGGAAGAGGGAACGUGUGGGAGUGAGGGACCACUGCCGGCACAUGGGAACGAAAGCGAGAGGAAGACGGUGGCCAGUGGUCGAGCUGUCGUGAGGAAGACGAAACGAGGAACAACUCCCUCCCUCCACAACCCUUUUCCCACCUCACGUUCUAACCUCACACCUCUGUCUGAGAGAAUGACCAGUUAUCCAGAGGACCUUGCUCUUUGAUCAGCUAACAGAGAAAGAAAGACAAGUUCUCAAGCAACUUGGCUGGGGGAGCACUUUCCACUAACUCUCGAAAGCGGAUAACAAGAAAGUAGAGGGGGGAGGGUGUGGAACACUUCAAGCAGGCAACAUAGGAAAUCGUCACCUCAAUGUUGAUCACUUGCGGUGUUGAUCUCAGACCUGAAAUCUCAUCAAAUGACCGCAAGAGGAACCGUCUCUAAGAGGAACCGUCUCUAAGAGGAACCGUCUCUAAGAGGAACCGUCUCUAAGAGGAACCGUCUCCAAGAGGAACCGUCUCCAAGAGGAACCGUCUCCAAGAGGAACCGUCUCCAAGAGGAUCCGUCUCCAAGAGGAACAGUGGCAGUUCACAUCGUCGUUCGACUUUGAGUUGAAAAGUUUUCUCCGCUAAAGUCUGAUAAUAAAGAACUUUGAAUUGAAAUGCCUUUGAUGGCCUUCGGAACCAUUUGGCUUUUUCAACAGGUCUUUUCAGAAACAGGUGGUUAACUAGAAGUCUGGUGGAGUUGAGUGGCAUGGGGAUAUCAGAGGAAGGUUUCUGAAGUGGUGAGCUCUGGAUCCAAGAGAUCUUUAAUCAUGAGACUAUUUGUUUUUGAAGUACCUUAUUGCAGAGCGCAAAAGGCAAAAAAUAUUUAAUAGAAAAAUGACCAGCAUUGAAGAAUAUUGACUCAAUAUUAUUUGAAGUUGUAGCAAAGGCUUUUUUGAUCUUUUGAAAGGGGGGGGGUACAUGAGAUGUCGCCCGCUGUGCUGUUCAGUGGAUAAUAUUCUAUGUUUUAAAUGUUUUUAUGCUUAGAUUGGCAGCGGCUUUGAAUGAAUGCUUUACUUGGGAGAAUUCCUUGUGGAUGUAAGAUCCAUCUGCAUGAACACUGAGCUAUUAAUGGAAACUGAUUUCCACUAUAGUCUACACACUUUUGUGUUACUAUUGAAGUUGCAGGUGGCUAGGUGUGAAAUACGCUACAUGGACGAAAGUAUGUGGGCACACCUUCAAAUGAGUGGAUUCAGGUAUUUCAGAUACACCCGUUGCUGACAGGUGUAUACAGUCGAGCACACAGCCAUGAAAUCUCCAUAGACAAACAUUGGCAGUAGAAUGGCCCGUACUGAAGAGCUCAGUGACUUUCAAAGUGGCAACGUCAUAGGAUGUCACUUUUCCAACAAGUCGGUUUCUGCCCUGCUAGAGCUGUCCGGGUCAACUUUAAGUGCUGGUAUUGUGAAGUGGAAAUGUCUAGGAGCAACAAUGGCUCACCCACGAUGUGGUAGGCCACACAAGCUCACAGAAUGGGACCGUAGCACGUAAUAAUCGCCUGUCCUCAGUUGCAACACUCACUAUCGAGUUUCAAACUGCCUCUGGAAGCAACGUCAACACAAUAACUGUUCAUCGGGAGCUUCAUGAAAUGGCUUUCCUUGGCCGAGUAGCUACACACAAGCCGAAGAUCACCAUGCGCAAUGUUAAGCGUCGGUUGGAGUGGUGUAAAGCUCGCCACCAUUGGACUUUGGAGCAGUGGAAAUGCGUUUUCUGCAGUGAUAAAUCACGCUUCAUCAUCUGGCAGUCGGACGGAUGAAUCUGGGUUUGGUGGAUGCCAGGAGAACACUACCUGCCCGAAUGAAUAGUGCCAACUGUAAAGUUUGGUGAAGGAGGAAUAAUUUGUCUGGAGCUAUUUUUCAUGGUUCGUGCUAGGCCCCUUAGUUCCAAUGAACGGAAAUAUUAACGCCACAGCAUACAAUGACAUUCUAGACGAUUCUGUGCUUCCAACUUUGUGGCAAAAGUUUUGGGAAAGAUCUUUCCUGUUUCAGCCUGCCAAUGCCCCCAUGCACAAAGUGAGGUCCAUACAGAAAUGGCUUGUCUUUUGGGAUGAAUUAGAACGCCAACUGCGAGCCAGGCCUAGUUGCCCGACCUCACUAAUGCUCUUGUGGCUGAAUGGAAGCAAGUCCCCGCAGCAAUGUUCCAACAUCUAGUGCUGUUAUAGCAGCAAAGGGGGGCCGACUCCAUAUUAUUGCCCAUGAUUUUGGAAUGAGAUGUUCGAUGUGCAGGUGUCCACAUACUUUUGGUCAUGUAGUGUAACAGUUAAGGAAUAGACUAGGAUGGUGGCUGGAAGAAGGAUAAGGCUUGAAGAUGCAUCCCCCGAAUCUGGUUAUUUAGUAUGGAGAGUCAAUUGGCGUUCAAAUUUGAAUGUGACUCUUCCCCUGUGAAAUGCAGUCGUGCGUACAGAAUGUUAGCUACAUGACUAGAAUUAAGUUGUCAAAUCCAAAGUAUUUGAAACCAUUUCACACCAGUUACACACAAUCAGUAAAAUUACCACUGGUACUGAUUUUCAUACAAGGUGACAGUGAUUUAUCACAUUAAAAAGAAUGAAUGCAUCCGAAUCAGUACCCUUAACUUCCUUUUGGUUAUUUGCAGGUAUAAAGAAGCACAAACAUGAAUGCAUGUGAAAGCAACCUAAGCCAGCAUAUACAAACUUCAUAGAAAGAAUCGCUGAAUGUGACCAGUAGGUUGUGACAUUGAAACCCACAGAGUCAUUACUUGAACCUGAGUCAAAGUGUUUCUGAAUGGUUACUGAAUGUACGAACUGGUUUAAGCCACCUUCCUUCUCUUAGGAGUUUCCACUAAACCAGGUUGGUAGAAUGGCCUUCCUUUUGUAACUUAUAUUUUAUGAGUGUUUUUACACUUUUGGCUUCCCUAUAGUUCGCCCAUCUGUUUGCUCCAAAUUCCUAUGGCUCCCAAACCCUCCAUUCUUACCCCUCUGUGAAUUGUAAUUUCCCCCCAGUAUUUUAUUUUUUGCAUGAUUUGCCUGCCAGGGGUGAGGUUGUGAACAGCAAAAUGACACUUAAACCACACAAUAUGGUUUAAUUUGUUAUCUGAUGACAAAGGGGGAUUAAAUAAUGUUGUUUUUUAAAAAGUUUUAAAUCAAUCAUUUAAAUAAACUGUCCAUGGGACUGUUUUAUAUUGAGGAAUCCUUGUCUAUUUGAGGAGUCCUCUAUCAGUUUUUAGGAAUGUCAUUUGGAUGCUUCGAGCACCAAAUUGAGAAUGUAUUCAUUUUAGCUCACCACCUGCAUUGUCCUCUGCUGUGCAUUCAUUUUUCUUUUUCUUUGUCGUCACCUGACUUUGAAUAUGUCAAUCCAAAACACAUUGUAUGACAAUCUUGCUGUCAAAUAGCUAGUCAUGGUUGAAGAAAUGCUUACAAAUGGUCUUUUUUGAUCAACAUUAUGCAUUUUUCCAUGUUGAUUAUGUUACUUGUAUUUCACAUCAAGAAUUCCAGCAGGGAAUAUAGCAUUGCUCCUUAUACUUUUUACUAAGAUGGUGACAUUAUACUUAUGUUGAAAUGAAAUACAGCAAUCCUGCUAUCAAAGUUUGUCAUCUGUUACAUGGCCAGCACUGCUAACUAGAAAUUUAUUAAAAGUAUAUUACCAAACUAUACUGCAGGAAUCAAUGGAUAAGAACAAACAUUGUUUUUACGGUAAUGGUAAUACGGUAAUGUAUGCCUUCCUUCUUCCCAGCAUUUGGAUUCUCACUAUGGAAAAACUGCACUGGAUCUGCAGGAAUUAGUAUUUUAGUUGCAGUGAUGAUUCCUCUCUUGUGAAACAGAAGCAAAGGUUGCUUGCAUGUCAAAGGGUUUGAGCAAUGAGAAAGUGAUUUUUCCAUUUACAGAUGAUGAAACAUGUUGCACCUGAACUCUGCGCAAUAAUGGGCAACAGGUCUUGUUAUACAGUUGAAGUCGGAAGUUUACAUGCACUUAGGUUGGAGUCAUUAAAACCAGUUUUUCAACCACUCCACAAAUGUCUUGUUAACAAACUAUAGUUUUGGCAAGUUGGUUAGAACAUCUACUUUGUGCAUGACACAACAAUUGUUUACACAGAUUAUUUCACUUAUAAUUCACUGUAUCAAUUCCAGUGGGUCAGAAGUUUACAUACACUAAAUUGACUGUGCCCUUUAAACAGCUUGGAAAAUUCCAGAAAAUGGUGUCAUGGCUUUAGAAGCUUCUCAUAGGCUAAAUGACUAAUUGACAUAAUUUGAGUCAAUUGGAGGUGUACCUGUGGCUGUAUUUCAAGGCCUACCUUCAAACUCAGUGCCUCUUUGCUUGACAUCAUGGGAAAACCAAAAGGAAUCAGCCAAGACCCCAGAAAACAAAUUGUAGGCCACAAGUCUGGUUCAUCUUUGGGAGCAAUUUCCAAAUGCCUGAAGGUACCACAUUCAUCUGUACAAACAAUAGUACGUAAGUCUAAACACUAUGGGACCACGCAGCCGUCAUACCGCUCAGGAAGGAGACUGUCUCCUAGAGAUGAACGUACUUUGGUGCGAAAAGUGCAAAUCAAUCCCAGAACAGCAGCAAAGGACCUUGUGAAGACGCUGGAAGAAACGGGUACAAAGGUAUCUAUUACCACAGUAAAACUAGUCCUAUAUCUACAAAACCUGAAAGGCCGCUCAGCAAGGUUGAAGCCACUGCUCCAAAACCGCCUUAAAAAAAAGCCCGACUACAGUUUGCAACUGCACAUGGGGAUGUACUUUUUGGAGAAAUGUCCUCUGGUCUGACGAAAGAAAAAUAGAACACUUUGGCCAUAAUGACCAUUGUUAUGUUUGGAGGGAAAAGGGGGAGGCUUGCCAGCCGAAGACCACCAUCCCAUCCAUGAAGCACGGGGGUGGCAGCAUCAUGUUGUGUGGGUGCUUUGCUGCAGGAGGGGCUGGUGCACUUCACAAAAUAGAUGGCAUCAUGAGAAAAGAAAAUGAUGUGGAUAUAUUGAAGCAACAUCUCAAGGCAUCAGUCAGGAAGUUAAAGCUUAGUCACAAAUGGGUCUUCCAAAUGGACAAUAACCCCAAACAUACUUCCAAAGCUGUGGCAAAAUUACUUCAGGACAACAAAGUAAAUGUAUUGGAGCUGCCAUCACAAAGCCCUGACCUCAAUCCCAUAGAAACUUUGUGGGCAUAACUGAAAAAGCAAGGAGGCCUACAAACCUGACUCAGUUACACCAGCUCUGUCAGGAGGAAUGGGCCAAAAUUCACCCAACUUAUUGUGAGAAGCUUGUGGAUGGCUACCCGAAACGUUUGACCCAAGUUAAAUGCUACCGAAUACUAAUUGAGUGUAUGUAAACUUCUGACCCACUGGGAAUGUGAUGAAAGAAAUAAAAGCUGAAAUAAAUCAUUCUCUACUAUUAUUCUGAUAUUUCACAUUCUUAAAAUAAAGUGGUGAUCCUAACUGA